UAAAAUGGCGUUGUGCCACAAAUAAUAGGCGGUAACACUAUUAAUCAGUUAGCGUGUCGUCGCCUUGUUGUGGUGCGAAAGUUUUUGCCCAGUUUUAUAUUUUGAAGCUCUUGACGCAACUGCAUUUAAAGGACAAUAUGGACAAGUCUUCGGGCAGUGCGCCACCAUUCACAUACGUUCCACCGCCAUCGGCACCACCAUCUUAUAAUGAGGCUGUUGGAGGAGUAAAGCCGGUGGGAUGGACCCACGUUAUCACGCCAACUGCCGCCCCGACAACCGCAAACACAAAUAUAUUGACGACCGUGGUUCCCAUUGGCCGCUCACCGACACACAUGAUAUGCCCUUCAUGCCAUGCGGAGAUUGAAACAUCGACACGCUCGGAACCGGGCAUGAUUGCCUAUAUAUCUGGUUUUGUAAUCGCAUUGCUUGGUUGCUGGAUGGGUUGCUGCUUUAUACCUUGUUGCAUUGACGAUUGCAUGGACGUGCAUCACACUUGCCCCAACUGCCGGGCGUAUUUGGGACGUUAUCGCCGAUAAAUAAUUACACUGCUUCGCUUCGCACUUCUGCCACGUACAUCGGAACGCCACGCACACACUGUGAGAAAGAUAUUUACACACCUACAAAUGCGAACGGAGAAUGAUGAAUGGGAAUAAAGAGUAGAAUUAAAUUUAAGUGGUUGUUUUACCCUUUUUUUUAUUUAAUUUUGUAGUAAUUUCUCUUGAACUCCAGAUACCCCAAAAAAACGAAAAGGGAAUUCAAGCGCUUCCCUCUAAUCUUACGCUAAUCUUUUGCUUAUAUGUAUGCUCAAGCUCUGUGCACGUUACUGGUAACACAAUUAUAAUUUAUUGGUUUACCAUUAAUAAGUUCUUUAAAUUGUCAGAGAUAUGUGUUAAGUACUUAACAAUAUGUUCAUAUUCAAAAAUGUUUGAAACGUGCCUCUAAUUUAUGGGCAAUGUAUAGUAAAUAAAUGCAAAAUAUUCCGUACCAAAAAGAAAUAAUUGGCAGCUGAACUAAACAAUUAAUUUCACUUAAUAUGUAAAUAAUUAUCCAAUUGGUCCGACGUAUUAAAUUCAGAUUAAUAUUGUAAAUCCCGAGAAAAAAAACUGUCUUGAAAUCUCACACAUUGAUCCCCGAAUAUUUGAUAAUAAUAAUUGUAAUAAAUAUAUUUAUUUACCAACGACGGGAAAUCGUAAGCACAAUUUUGUAAUUUUACGAAAAGACAGACAAAAAACAAAUAAAAAGAAAUAUUUUUUAAAUGCACCUGCAAUGUCUUCAGCUAAAACGCAUUAUUGUAUAUGUAUUGAGAGGAUCCGUUAUAACAAUGUAUGUCGUCUAAUCUUUUGUAAUAAUAAAAAACGUAAAAUAAAA